ACCAAACUUAAAUGAAAAUUUUAACGUUUAUUGUUUGUCUUGUGAGCGAUAAGUUAGUUUUUUCAUAUGAAAAUUGGUACAUUUCUUAAAUUAAUGACCAUAUGGAUUCACAACCGUUGCGCGUGUUGCAAAAGAAAAGAACUACAAAUUUUCGCGAGGAUGAGACAAAAUUGUUAAUACAACUUUGGGGUAGUCCUCAAAUACAAAACAAAUUAUACCUCACACAUCGUAAAGCCCCCGUUAUGCGGCUAUUGGCAGCCAAUAUGCAACACCGUGGAUUUUACAGAACGCCCGACGAAAUCAAGACCAGGCUCAGGAACCUCAAAUGCCUCUAUCACAGGAUUAAGAGGUCGAUGCAAACGGGCGUCGGCAGGGGCACAGUUGAUCCCGAUUGGCCUCAUUACAAAGCCAUGGACGACAUUCUCAGCAAAAAGAACCCCAAUAGGCCGCAGGAUAUUUACAAAGAAGGCAACAUCUUCGAGGGACCCAGAUGCGAAGACAUCAAACAGGAAUUGAUGGAGGAAGAAAUUGAUAUUAACGAUGACAUGGAGUCUUACAGUACAAAUAGCGUAGGGUCAGAAGUGGACGCGGAAUUCGAAGAGGAGCCCCAUCAAUUGCCACCACUAACUCCUGCUCCUCAAAUACAUCCAGAGAAGCAGAAAGAUGACAACGAACCUAUCAAAAUAGCCCCAAAACCGAUGCCCAACCAAACUAAAGUCGCCACAUCUACAGGAAAUAUCCAAAUCCCAUUAGGUACCACUAUAAAACAGAAUACAGUCGGCGGAACUUCAUCAAUUCCAUUUCCUUUGCUUAUAUUAAACGGAAUGCCCAAUCAGAACGCUCAAUUGAAUCAACAGAAGAAAGACGAUAAAACUCCAGGCAAACAACAAGACGUGUCUCUUCUCCUGAAGAGCCUAAUCGACAUCCAAGAAGAGACCCUGAAGGUGGAGAAGGAGCGCCUGGAGAUCGAGAAGCAGCAGCUCGAGUUCCACAAACUGGUCGGCGCCCAGCUGCUCACACUGUUGCCGAUCUUCGGCGGUUUGGUGCAGAAGCUGCCCUUUCCGAACAACAACGAGGAGGAGGCGAAGAACGAGAACGAGGGGGAGCCGAGGAACGGCAAGAAGCGCAAGUACUCGGACGGCGAGUUGGACAUCCUCAAGGACAGCAAAAUCCUGAGGAACGUGCUGGAGGAAGGGAUCAAGAAGUACAUGCUGGGCGAUAGGGAGACGAUGACGGAAUGUCGAAUUAAAAUCGAGCCGGAUUGCGACGAUGUAUAGUAAUUAUAUGAGAUGUGAUAUAUGACUUUUUUACAUUCCGAACUUGUGAUUUUCUUUUCGUAUGUUUUAGUAAUUUAUUUUAUUUAUUUGUGGCUUAUAAGAUUUUGUUAGAACGUUUGAAUAUACACUGCAG